GCAAACAUGGGUAUGGCAUGCUCUCUGUACGGCAUUCGCAGAAUAAUAGCUGACAAGAUAGGCCUCACACCGGUUCAUUUCUUUUCUCAUGGCUCGACCAUGAUGCUGGGAGAGAAAUCCGAGUCGGCAGACUACUGGAGGAGGACUGGUGAGGAAGCACUGGCUCACAACAUCAAAGGCGUAAUCAUUAUGGGCGCACACUGGGACUGUCUCGGCGACAAGAUCGAGAUCGCGACGAACCCCAAGCCGGACAAGUCACCCGUCGCCUACGUCCACCCGGACAAAUACAUCAACUACAAGUUGAACCCAGACCUCAAGACUGCCCAACGAUGCAUCGACAUGCUCACCAAGGAAGGCUUCAACGCCAGCGGCAACCCAUCCUUCGACUGGAUCCACGACGUCUACCUGAUCCUCAUCCGCAUGUUCCCCAACGGUUGUCCCCCGACAACCAUCAUCUCGAUGAACGCCCGCUACGAUCCACACUACCAUAUGAAGGUCGGCGCGACGCUGCGGCCCCUCCGCUACGAGAACUACCUCCUCAUCGGGACCGGAGGCGCAGUCCACAACCUCUACCGCAACCUCUGGGCACCCAUGCUGCGCUUCCGGGAUAAUUUCGCCAUGGAGACGCCGCCUGAGGAAUGGGCGCUCGAGUUCCGCCAGGCGGUCGAGGACGUGAUCACGAAGACCUCUGGGCCGGCGCUGCGGCGCGCGAUGACCCGGUUGAUGAAGCAUCCCCAGUACCGUGAUGCGCAUGCCACGGAUGAUCAUUUCAUGGCCGCAAUGUUUGUGGCCGGAGCGAUGGGGGAUUUCGAAGAUACGGGGUCGCCGGCUGUGAUGGGCGCGGAGAGCUGGGAAUUGACAAACAUGUGUAAUUCGCAGUAUACUCUUGGAUCGUGGUCCAGGGAUAUUUCU